GGAAGAAUGAUAGUCCCUCCCUGCUGCCUCCAGAUAAGUAGCUGAAGGAGAGAGAGCAGGAGAGAGAGGGAAAUCGGCCAACCAUCAUCUCAGAACAGAAAUAAAGUGUGUGGUGUGGGGCUGGGGGGGUGGGGGCAUAGAGCAGAAACUCCUCAGCUUUGGCUGGUCCAUUACACCAGCUGCGGAGGAAACCGCAGCCCCGCAUUGUCUGUCAGCUCCGGGGCUCCGUCUGAACCUGAUGUGUGCAUGUCCCUGUCAGGGAGCAGACAGGCAAAUGACAGCGGCGCUAGGAGACCAGAGGAGAGUCCAAGGGAACGACCUUGAGAGGAAACCUCAAAAAUGCAGCAGAGUGAAAAAAUGAAUCACCUUGUGGGGAAGAAAAGGAGAAAUUCUGAUUAAAGGAGCAAGCGCUGGCCAGCGCAUUAUGACCUUGUCUACAGGGAAGGCCGAGCUGCGCAGCCUUCAACAGGAACAAUAACACUGUGGGGAAGACCCGUGAAUGGUGGAAGAGACUUGGGGUGGGGGUUUUCUGUGUGGGGAGGGUCCUAUUUCCACCUCUCCUUCUCCCCAUGCCAAGUUCUGGAUGUGCCCUGUGAAAGUUUUUGCCCUGGAAGAAAGUCAGUCUUGCCAGUUGAAAAUGAGACACUUUCAAAUGAACUUGCUUCUCAUCUGUGUGGCAACUGCCACAGCCAUCCCUGUAGUGCCCUGGAAGGUGAAAUGCCCACUGCAGUGUGUGUGUCAGAUCCGACCCUGGUACACACCCAGGUCUGUGUACAGGGAGGCCGCCACUGUGGACUGCAAUGACUUGUUCAUCUCCACUGUGCCCGAGAGCUUGCCAGAGGGCACACACACUCUGCUCUUGCAAAGCAACCGCAUCACCAGGGUGGACCAGAGUGAGCUGGACUAUCUGAAAAACCUGACAGAGCUGGACCUGUCGCAGAACAGCUUCGCCGACAUCUGGGACUUCAGUCUGAAGAACAUGCCUCAGCUGCUGAGCCUCCACCUUGAAGAGAAUCAGCUGGCUGAGUUGUCCGAUAACAGCUUCUCUGGCCUGGCCAACCUCCAGGAGCUGUAUCUGAACCACAACCAACUGCGUAGGAUUUCCCCACGGGCCUUCUCAGGCCUCAGUAACCUCCUUCGGCUCCACCUCAACUCCAAUCUCUUGAGGACAGUUGACAGCCGCUGGUUCCAGGUGCUCCCCAACCUGGAGAUCCUCAUGAUUGGAGGCAACAAGGUGGAUGCUAUCUUGGAUAUGAACUUCAGACCUCUGUUGAACCUGAGAAGCUUGGUUCUGGCUGGAAUGAACCUGAGGGAGAUUUCAGAUUUCGCCCUGGAAGGGCUGAGAAGCCUGGAGAGUCUGUCUUUCUAUGACAACAAGCUGGUGAAUGUCCCCAAGCGGGCGCUGCAGCAAGUCCCUGGCCUUAAGUUCCUGGAUCUGAACAAAAACCCUUUGCAGAGGAUCAGGCAAAGUGACUUCACGAAUAUGCUACACCUCAAGGAGCUGGGACUUAACAAUAUGGAGGAGCUGGUUUCCAUAGACAAGUUUGCCUUGAUCAACCUCCCUGAGCUGAGCAAACUGGACGUGACCAACAAUCCCAAGCUGUCCUUCAUCCACCCUAGCGCUUUCCAUCACCUGCCCCAAAUGGAGACCCUGAUGCUCAACAACAAUGCCCUAAGUGCCUUGCAUAAGCAGACGGUAGAGUCCCUGCCCAACCUGCAGGAGAUCAGCAUCCACAGCAACCCCAUCCGCUGUGACUGCGUCAUUCGCUGGGUCAACAGCACCGAGAACCAUAUCCGCUUCAUCGAGCCCCAGUCCACACUGUGCGCUGAACCCCCGGACCUGAAGAGGAGGCACAUCCGGGAUGUUCCCUUCCGGGAAAUGACCGACCGGUGCCUGCCUCUGAUCUCCACCAAGAGUUUCCCCUCCCAGUUGGAUGUGGCAGACAACGAGAAUAUCUCACUACAUUGUAGGGCCCUGGCGGAACCAGAACCAGAGAUCUACUGGGUCACACCUUCUGGGGUCAAGCUGAUCCCUUACUUGGAGGAUGGGAGGUACAAGGUGCACCCUGAAGGGACACUGGAAAUUCACAAGAUAACUGCACAGGAGGCUGGGCUGUAUACCUGCGUGGCCCAAAACCUCAUCGGCGCCGACACCAAGAGUGUCAGCCUGAUGGUCAACAGCUCCUUCCCUCUCAGCAUGGACAACCUGGAGCUCCUGGUGAAGGAAGUCCAGGCUUACCAUAUCCUUGUCACCUGGAAACCUCACCUCAACACAGUCUCCUCCAAUCUCACCUGGUCCAGCUUCUCCUUCAGCUCCAGUUUGGAUGUGACCAACGUGGCCCGGAUCCCUGUGGGCACCCACCUGUAUAAUAUCACCCGACUCCACCAAGGCACAGAGUACUGGGCCUGCCUUCACGUGGCCUUCGUAAACUUGCAGUCCAAGGUGGCCUGUGUGAAUGCCAGGACUAAAGAGGCUGGCUACGGCUACCAGUACCUGGAGAGCAGGCAGAGUGUCUUGACGGUGCUGGCCUUCUGCAUCUUGCUGCUUUCAGUCAGCCUGGUGGGCCACUGUGGCUUUGGUUCCUACAGGCCACAGCCUGGGAGCCCUGGGAAGCUGCUCCUGCGCUGCCCGCCAUGGAACCCGGGCUCGUCCUCUGUGCGUGUGGUCUACCCUCCUUUCAUCAAACACUGGGAUCAAGGGAGGCCUGGGGAGAAGCUCCUAGCCAUGGAGGUGCAAGCAACGCCACUGGACUCUUGAAGGUCAACUCUUCGGAGGGGUGUGGAAUUGGGGUGGCGAUUCUGGGGGUCGGGGAGAAGGCAAGUGAAACUAUUUUUUACCAAAAAUAAAAAGACUUGACUGACAAACAAAACAGCAUGGCAAGUGGAGAGGGACAUGGCCAACAUCCAGGCCUUGUGGUGCCCCUCUGCCCCCAUGCUCCGCCCAAGGCACCCAUCAACAUUUGUCCAAACAGAUUGUUUCUCUUACAGGCAACCUGCUGUUACUGGAGGAAAGGUCAGCACAGACAAGGCCAACGAAAUGCAAUGCCCAGAGCAGAGAGUAUGAGCAAGAACAGUCAUAUUGUAGAAACACAGAUGACACCAAGCCCCCGGCAACCCAGAUGUUAGUCCACUAGCCGGAUGGUCCCUGUCUUGGAAAUACACAAAGGCCUUUCCCCUUUGGACUUUUUUUGUGUGUACAGCCAUAGGUAACCAUGACUCAAACUUGCCAGCCCCCUUAUUCGCUCACCUACAACCACAAGGAACAAAGUGGGGAGGGGGGAAAAUGACAGUUGGGCUAAGGAAACACGGCUGCUGCUGCUGCUGUAUCUCUUAACUGGCUAGUGAAGUCUUCGUGAUUCCGGCUGGAUUCCGCCGUGAAAAGCCAAUAGGAUCCCAUAACCCAAGAGCUUGAUUUCAAGGCUAUUUUGUAAACUUUUGUGGAUAAUGUUACCAAAAAAAAAAAAAAAAAAGGAAAUUCUUGCUUUUCUGUUUUUGUAAAAAAAAAAAAAAUAAGGAAACACAAAACCUUUGUACACUGGUCUACAGUGUGAAGGGUUCGUGAUAGAAAAACAUUGCUGCAGAGAUGAAGGGUGGGGGCGGAGGUAUGGCAGGACGAAAUCUUUGAUGUGACAGAGGUUCUAGGAACUAAGCGUCUUACUUCCAAAUAGCUGCACUUUGCUCUCUGCACGUAUCCCACUGCAUAACUUGAAACAUCCCGGGAGAUGAAAGUGAGAAGAUGCUUUAUGGGUGUGAAGGGAAUAAAUAUUCUGGUCUCCAAUGCUGUCAUCACCUCUCUUUCUCUGAUAAGCAAUUAAAAUUGCAAAUGAAACAUACUGGUGGACAGCAUGAGUCUCUCCCCCCCCCCCCCGCCCCCUUCUGUUUCUAAUUAUGCCAUACCAAGGGAUGAUGCUGUCUAUAGAAUUUCAAAUCAGUGAGCUUGGGAGAGUCAGCUCCCCUUCGCUAGUGGUAUAUGGAUGUUUUUAUUUAAAAAACUCAUUCGUUUACUUUUAAAUUUCUAAGAAGCCUUUAAUUGGGGGAAAGGGGAACAACAUGGAAAGAGAAAGGAAGGACAGGUGAGUUGGUUGAUGGAGAAAUAGAUGGAUAGCUAGAAAGAGAGUGAUAGAAAGAAGCCACCAGAAAAGGGUCAGUGUACAUUGACACCAAAAAUAAUUUUCCCACCAGGAAGUAUAAUGUUCAUGGUUAUGAAUGUUGCUUUACCUUUCAAGAUCUGGGCAAGAUGGUAUUUGUAAGGAGACAGAAGACAAAUGAGUUGGUUAUCUGAUAUCUGAGACCAGCACCUAUGGUGCCCUGGUGUACUAAAAGUUCCAAGUUAAAAGGCAUGGGGAGAGGAGUAGCAAUUUGAACGAGACACAUGCAUGAGCUGAUCCGAUGCACCCUCAUCACCAUCUUUGUAAUGACCUGCCAUCGUCCAUGCACUAACAGCAGCAAAUUUGGACAGGACCAAAGCCUUUUGAAGUCCAGGGGUUGUGGAGCAGGCCCUUAGACCAGGCGGUCUGCAUAAUGCUCUCUGCUCCACAUAGUGCUCCCCAUCCAUUGUGGGGCACAUAGCGCCCAUUGCAAGUAUUAAGAAAAGCUCUGCCAUAAUCAUGUACAGUUUUUUGAUGUGGUAGAAUGGCAUAGGGAGAAAAAUCUCCCCCUAGAUCUAGCAGUGGGGUGCACUGGCAGAAUAGUGUGUGUGACAGGCCCCUGGACUAAUAACAGGAAGCUAAAGGUCAGGACUGAAGGCUUCAGGAGAGCUUUGCAAAGGAAAGUUGCCCAGCCCCUGGCUGUGCUAUAGUUGUCUCUUGCUAGGAUAAUAAAUCCCUCUCUUUCCUCCAGAACCAAAUCUGUCCCCUCAAUUAAAAAGUACAGUGCCAGAGGGAAAAUUUCAGCCAGGUUCACUGUAAUCACCUGAAACAAAACGUGAUGUACCAGCAAAUAAACAAGGCCCAGAGAUCAAAGUGUAUAUGGCUAAGCUUUGCUGGAGCAUCUGUAAACAAAAUAAUGUCUUCCUCCUUUGGGAGGGGCUCUGAGUUGAUCAGAGAGAAGAAAUAAAAUGAAGAUGAAGAGAGAUUCCCCUCCUGAUUCUUCUGAGCCCAGCCUAGGGAUAAUGGCAGACGGAUACCUUCUGCGUGGAGGGGUGUCAGAGAGAGGCAUUCAUUAAAAAUUAAAAUGGCCUGGGAUGUGAAGUCCCAGCCUCCACAGUUUGCUAUCCCUGUCGAGGUGAACACCAAGGAGAUCAAUGAAAAGAAGCCACUGUGACAGAGUGUGUGUGUAUGUCUUGUUCUCUUUCAUUCACACACACACAGCUGACUCCUCUACUCCGCAAGCAUCAUCGGUGAUGGUCAAUUUUGGGGGCUGCACAACCAUUGCUAAGUGGGCCCUGGCUAAUUUGCAUAGACAUCCUCAUGAAUGUUAAGAUGCACAAAUCAAUGAGGGCACCGUGCCCUGCUUGCCUCGAUAAAGGAACAGACACUGCUUGCUCCUGCAAGUUCACCAGCAACACAUGCCGGCAGCCCUUCCAGUUCUGUCCUUCCUCUGUAGUUAUAGGAAGGCUCUUGGAUGCCUUAAGCCACCUGUUUAAAGCCAUCCCUGCUUUAGAAUACCCUGAUAGUCUGUUCUCCCCCUCCCCGCCCCCUUCACAGGAAAGAAGCCACUCAAAUGGAACUGUCAAGACACUACCACCUUCUCUUGAUGCAAAACCCAUCAGCUCAUAACUGGCUGCCUUAGCAGAGACACCAAGGACUGACUGGGCCUUAGAGCCUGCACUUUUCUCUCAAGUCCAGAGGAGGCUGCUCCAGGCUGGGGAUGAGGUGUGUUGGUGGAGUAGGCGGGGGAAGCUUGCACUCUUCAUAGUGGCUGGACUAUUCCUUGGAUAAACAGAAACUGGAGAAUGACUCCCCUUUAAAAAAAAUGGACAUGCUGCUCUCCCAGUCAGAACUUGGGAGAAACGCGCAAGAAAAUGGCACAUCCUCCCAAAGCAAGACAGCCCACCUACACACCUGCCUGAUGCUGUGCUGCAAUGCAAUGUCCUUACCACUUAAAACUAGAAGGACUAUUUGACAUGAUGGAAGAACACUGAAGAAAUUAUGAGAUUGACACAGCCUGUGCAGGUAACUUCAAGUGUGGGAUUCCAUGGCCCAGUCCUCUGUGACCUGCCUAAUCUCAGACUUCUACUCUUCUGUGCAGAGUUGGGCUCCAACCCCACACCCCAGUACCUCACCCCUGCCCUGAACUCUGGAGGAUUUGAUAUCCAGAUGGGAGGUUUACAGCUUGGCUCUGUCUCUGCGUUAAAGUUACGAGUUUUGUUUACUGAAUCCUCUUUCCCAGCUGGGACUGGCAAUGUGGUUCUGCUUCAAACAUCAUAAUAAAAGAUUGUCCCCACCAGGCGUACAAACAUAACAAUUACUGUGUUCAUGUCCCAGCUGGGAGCAGUGGGCAGGCGCCUACAGUGUGAUGCCAGAAUAACUCAUCCCACGCAAAGCACGCCCCUCUCUCCCUGGGCUGACACCACUGCAUGGAGUUUGCCUCUUACCAGCUGAAAGAAAAAUGCCAAAAAAGUAGAGAACAGUUUAAUUCCCAAAACCAUGGAAAGAGCCUGCAAGCUCGUCCAGAGUGGAUGAAACUGGAGCCUGGAUGUCUCACUUGGGAACUGCAAGACCUUGGGCAAAGGGCUACCACCAGCACAAUUGACACCAGGGCAAAUCACGCUGGAACACUUCUGUGCACUGGGGACAGGUCAGCACUUAAAACUUUUGCUAGUAUAGCAAUGUCAGCUUGGGAUGUGGUUAUUUUUAUGACAUUUCUAUACUGGCAAAAGCCCUAGUGCAAACAUUGUUAUACUGGAGACAAAAAAUGCUUUUGCCUGUAUAGCUAAUUUUGUUUGGGAACUGGGUAAAUUAUAUUGGCAAAAGCACUCUUUGGCUGGUAUAAGCUAGGUCUACACUGGGAGGGCUUUGCUGGUCUAGUGGUACUGGUAUAACUAUACCAGCAAACCUUUCC